UUGUCGGUGUCUUCCUCCCUCAACCUGAUGCCGGGACAAAUACUCCUUCUGGAAGAGGUGGUGAAAAAGGAGAAAGAGAGACAAAAAAAUGUGGACAUGCCAGACUGCUUCCACCCAGUAUCUCGCACGGAGGCGGAGCUUCUUCUGGAGCGAGAGGCCAGCAGAGGAAACCUGCUGCUCAGGCCCAGCAGUUACGGCAGCGCCUUCGCUAUUAGCACCCGAGAAGAAUUCAAUGGUCCUAUCUACAAACAUUAUCACGUGAGCCGCAAUCCCGACGACAGCUUCACCAUCAAUUUGGACAGGCCUGUCACCUGUGCGUCGCUACCUGACAUCGUCCAUUACUUCAUGGACACCACGGACGGCGCUCUGAUUUCUCUACCACGGGAAGACACCUACGAGCAGAACAUAUCUUUUGUUGGCUUCGAUAAUGAAAAUGGAGAGAGGACUGUGCGGGAUGCCGCUGUGGACGUCACCACGCUUAAUUUGCCAACCAAACCAGCAAUGACAAAAGCGUCGAGUCAAGAAGAAGAAAAUAUCUAUGUCAAUGACAGCGAGGAGCGCAUUUUAACUGACAAAAGGUCACCAGAGCGGGAAAUAAAACCUCAAGUGAAGUCAAGGACAGUUCCAAUUCCCGCACGCCGCAAAAACCUGCCCUCCUCCCAAGCCUCGGUCACCGUCUCGACGCACAGCAAAGAGACGAAGAUGAGGAUCCACACGGAUCCUCUCGGCCAGACCAUAUCAGAGCUCAAGCAGAAGUUUGAGGACAACAGGACGAGGUUUGCCGACUAACCUGAGAAGAGUCGACCUCUACAACAUAAUCACUGUGAAUGCCCCCCGGCAACCCAUGUGUUGCCAUGACGACCCCAACUUAGUCCCAUUUGCAAUACCAUUGUUAAUAGUCAACAUAUGUGCAAUGUGUAAAAAAAAGAAAAAGUAUUUUCAAGGUUGUUGUUUUUUUAAAUUGUUCAUAAUGGACAAUGACUGCCAGAUAAAUGUAAAUAGAGCAAACGUGUAUAUUCAAUGUACAGUAUAUCAUUUUCUACAGGAUAUAAAGUGAAUAAAAGUCAGACAUGUAAUGAA